UCUGUCGUGCCCUCUAUCUCGGCUCCUUUGGAGGAAAAAAAAUUGCCAACGAAUGCAUGUGUACGUUUUUUUUCUUCCCCCAGACCGUCGCUCGCCGUCUGGCGUUGGAAGGAAAAGUUUUUGACAGCUUCUUUCUUGGAGUGACAGCCAGCUGCCACAUCUCGUGUUGAGUCUCGGUUUGUGCGAGGCUUUUCCACCACCCCUUCCCAACCCCACCCAACCCCCACCCACUACACCCUCUGUGAACUGCGAUGACCCGUAUCUCCACCCUGUCACCUGUGUGAAAGUGUCUGGUCGUGCUGGUUUCGUCUGACCGUAUAACGCUACCCCCACCACCCCCUCACUCCCCCCUCCCUUACCCGGCUUCACCUCACCGAGCCCGGGCAUCAUGAGGACCUGGAGGCGGCGGAAGAACUUUGCCUUUUUGCUGCUCGCUUUCCGCGUCUGGUGUCUGUCCACGGCGACGGAACAUGCUGACGCCGCGGUUCUCAACACGCAGGAGGGAAGUAGCCCAGACGAGGCUAAAUGGCGAGGGGAAGCGCCCGAAAGAGAACGCCGCGGGACCACGGUACCUCUGCUGCUGAAGGGCGAGGAUCGCAGACCUUUCUUCCAGCUCACUGCCAGGAGUUAUCCUGCGUCACUCCAGCUGCUGGUACGUGCGGAAGGUGAACAGCUGAUCCUGUUGCUGGAGAGGAACGAGGGCCUUUUUGCAAGCCAUUACACUGAGACACAUUACCGGGAGGAUGGCAGUGCUGUCACCGGUGCUCACAACUUCACGAAUAACUGCUACUACCACGGGGAAGUGCAGGAGCACCCAGGCUCUGAUGUCACCCUCAGCACCUGCACCGGCCUUCGAGGCUUCAUUGCACUUGAAAACAAGACCUUUAUCAUUGAGCCGGUACCUGGACACGACAACGGUGCCCACUACAUCUACCGGGUGGAAGAACUCGCACUGACCCCGGGAGCCUGCGGCCACGGCUUCAACAUGUCCUCCGUUGCGCCUGAAAACCACAUCAAAAGCCCCUUUCAAUCCUUCCACACAAGGCAUAAAAGGCAUGCGGAGAAGACAACCAAGUAUGUUGAGCUGAUCAUUGUUGCAGACAACAGAGAGUUUCAGAAACAGGGCAGAGACGUGGAGAAGGUGAAACAGAGAUUGGCAGAGAUAGCCAAUUAUGUGGACAAGUUCUACAGGGCCCUGAACAUCCGGGUGGCUCUGGUGGGUCUGGAGGUGUGGAGUGACUCUGAUAAAUGUCCCAUCACCCAGGAUCCCUUCUCCACACUGCACGAGUUCCUAGAUUGGAGGAAAGUCAAACUGCUGCCCCAGAAACCUCACGACAAUGCUCAAUUAAUAAGCGGGGUUUACUUCCAGGGCACCACCAUUGGCAUGGCGCCCAUCAUGAGCAUGUGCACAGCUGAGCAGUCUGGAGGCAUCGUCAUGGAUCACUCUGAGAACCCCCUGGGGGCGGCGGUGACUCUGGCCCACGAGCUUGGACACAAUUUUGGGAUGAACCACGACACCCCGGAGCGCGGCUGUGGCUGCAGGAUGACGGUGGAUCGAGGAGGCUGCAUCAUGACCCCGUCCACAGGGCAUCCCUUCCCAACAGUGUUCAGUACAUGCAGUAAGAAGGACCUUGCUGCCAGUCUGGAGAAAGGCGUGGGCAUGUGUCUGGACAACAUGCCCGAGGUCAAGGUGCUCUACGGCGGACAGAAGUGCGGCAACGGCUACGUGGAGGAGGGGGAAGAGUGUGACUGCGGGGAGCCGGAGGAAUGUAUGAACCCGUGCUGCAAUGCCACCACAUGCACCCUCAAGGGCGACGCCGUGUGCGCACACGGACAGUGCUGUGACGACUGCAGGCUCAAACUGGCUGGCACCAUGUGUCGAGAGACCAGUAACUCCUGUGACCUGCCCGAGUUUUGUACCGGUGCCGACCCGUACUGCCCAGCCAACGUGUAUCUGCAUGACGGCCACGCCUGCCACAGCAUCGAAGGCUACUGCUACAACGGCAUCUGCCAGACUCACGAGCAGCAAUGCAUCACCCUGUGGGGGCCAGGAGCCAAGCCUGCCCCCGGGAUAUGCUUCGAGAGAGUCAACUCUGCAGGGGAUCCUUACGGGAAUUGUGGGAAGGACUCCAAAGGCUCUUUUGCCAAAUGUGAUGCGAGGGAUGCAAAGUGUGGUAAAAUUCAGUGCCAGGGUGGAGCCAACCGGCCAGUCAUCGGAACAAAUGCCGUUUCCAUUGAAACCAACAUCCCGCUACAAGAAGGAGGGCGUAUUCUGUGUCGGGGAACGCAUGUUUAUCUGGGCGACGACAUGCCAGAUCCUGGACUCGUUCUGGCUGGUACAAAGUGUGGAGAUGGCAUGGUGUGCCUGAAUCGCCGGUGCCAGAAUGUCAGCGUCUUUGGUGUGCACGAGUGCUCGGGGAAGUGCAAUGGACGUGGGGUGACGUGUAACAUACGGCUAACCUCUGUUUGCAGGUGUGUAACCCCGCCCUUCUGUGAGGCGGCGGGCUUCGGUGGCAGCAUGGACAGCGGGCCGACGAGACUGGCAGCCGACAGUGUGGUCAUUACUGUGGCAAUCCUGGGCACCCUGGUCAGCCUUCUGGUGACCAUCAUCAUCGUCUUUCUGAGGAGGAAGACUCUGCUUCGCCUCCUGUUCACCAAUAAGAAGAGCACCUUGGAGAAAUUCAGAUCUGUGGAGGCCAACAGGCCGAGCAGCCCCAUCAGGGCUCAGUCCAUGUACAGGCCCACCCCACAGCGCCACCCCCCACCCAAACCCUCUGCAGCCAACAUUUACAAGCCGACUUUCCUGAGUGCGGAGCCUCUUCUCCCCCCGCACAACUUCCACUCCCACAGCCUCCGCAGACUGCCCUUCUACCAGCCCUUACACAUCGGCCAGCCCAUGCCGGUGUCUCUGAGUGUCGGCCCGCCCGCUCUGCCUCCUCUCCCGGCCGCCCACAGGGUCCUGCCUGCCCACGGGUCUUUCUCACCACCCCGAGCGCCGCCAUAUCUCAGUCUGCCGCGCCAGCAGUCGACGUGCAGAGUGAACCAGGACUUUGAGAAGCCCAGUCCGCCACAGAAACCGCUCCCUGCAGACCCCCUGGGGAGGAGCUCUCGGCCGGGUCACAGCGUCACGGCGGUGGGGGUCCACCUCCGAGGAGCCGGGCCCCUCCCCAUACCGACCCCCACUGUUCCCAGGCCUCCGCCCUCCAUCCCUUUACCCAGCAGACCGGUGCCAACGUUGCCCUACAGACCGCCAAAGACUCCCGAGGACCGCUGAGCUCUGGACGCCAUGGACCGGUCUCACGCCCGCAGACGGAGACUCUCUUUCUUUGCACUAAUCACGGAGACUCUGGACGAGCUUUUUGGACAAUGCGGAAGUAUCGCAGAGUUUCUCGUGAAAGGGGGCUGACAUCCCACCUCGGUGCUACGCCUCGAACGGGUGCUUUGUUGUCCUCACUCAGGUACCAAUGAACUAUUUAUCUAUUUAAUUAUUUAACUGCGUUAGCACCGGUGUUGUGCACAGGAGACAUGUUCCCACACGGAAAGGUUUGGAAAAAGAGGAAACACGGAGUAUAUUUAGGAAUAUUUCGUUUGCAUUCUUCGCCGAUUGUUAACCGAAAUGCUGAAUCAUAGGAUGUUUUUAAAAACCAUUUAAGUUGCUCGGAAAGUUUGUUUUCUAAAGUGAAGAUGAAGACAAAUGGAGCACAAGUCGGCACAUUGUCAGUGCAGCUUGUGGCGGCGAUAAAGUUAUUCAUUCAGUUUUUCUAAAUUGAUCAAAUCUGUUUUUAAAUGGAAUGCAGUGGACUCCAAUGAAAGCCUCACACGACGUUGUUUUGAUCGGGCAUGUGUCGGACGCCCCCGCCUUCCGGGUUCUGGCCGGCGCUGCAGAGCUUCAACGGAUUUGACAGACUGAUUGUGUUCCAGAGAAUUCCACCAACACCAAACGGUCCAACGUAAACUCUGUUGCGUGUUUGUUUAACAUCUACGCCCACGUUGUCCUCGAGCCGAGCCGGAUGACAUCAGCGCCGUGAGCUUUCCGAGCCUCGACCCGGAGUCCAGUCUCCUCUUUGCUUUCUUAUUUCGCCUUCAUAACGUUCCAUUUUGAUUCCGUAUGGGUCUGAUCAUCUUGAUUCAUGCAUUCACGGCAUCAUUCGGCAGAUUCAGAGCGUGGCUUUGCUUCCUUUUCUGUACGAGGAGGGAAUCAACAGGUAAAAACAUCACAGCGCUGUUCUUUUUGUUGUUUGUUUUUUUCAUAUUUUAAAUGUGUCCAAUAGCGUUGCUUAUCUUCUCACCGCUGCAGAGGACAUGUGGAACAGCACUGCUUCGCUGUUGUGUACAGAAUGAAUCCUCCUCUGGAAAGAGAUUGUUAGUCAUUAAAUGUUUCUGCCCAUUUGUACAAAUCUCAAAUGUACUGCGUUUUAUUUACAUCACUGUAACCUGUCUGAACCGUUGUAAAGAGUAAAUAUGAUAUGUUCUUUUCUUUUUUCACAGUGAUAUAAGAACUGCUUUGAGGUUGUCUUAUUCAAGCGGGUGAUGAAAACAUGACUUUAACUUGUGAGCCAGAGACGAAUGUUUUGGGUUAAUAACAUUUGAACUGUGAGAUUUUAUUGAUGAAGUCAGAGCAAAAAUAAAAAUCCCUUUAUGGUUGUUUAUAAAAAAAA